AACACAAUCGACUAAAUAAUAACAAAUCAAGUGAGUGACCCUCAUUUAAAAAUUGUCACUCGAGUUGUUCCAUUUUGGCCAAAAUGCGCGUAAGAUGGAACACCUACGGCAUAAACCUCCUCCGGGAGACCGACAUCAAGCGCAAAAUCGAAUUAACCCAAAUCAAGCGCCAGAUCGAAAUGCUUUCGACUUUCAUGCCCGACGAAAUCCUCAACAUGCCUCUGUCGGAACUAGACGAGAUCCACAACUUCGUCGGAGUGCUCCUGUUCGCAGACGUCUCCGGGUUCACUCCCUUGUGUGAAAAGUACUACAAGACGGGAAAAGGCGGCAUCUACCGACUCACAGCAACUCUGAACGCUUACAUCGGAGCUUUAGUUGAAGUUAUAACGUUCUAUGGAGGCGAUAUUUUGAAAUUUUCGGGUGAUGCCUUCCUUGCACUAUGGAAGGCCCCACCCGACUUAAGACUCUUCGAAGUCAUCCACCAGGUGAUAGUGUGCGCCUUAUUCAUCCAAAACACACUUGGCUGCUUCGAAACCGAAGUCAAUGUCUUACUCAAAGUAAAACUCGCCAUAGCUUGUGGCAAUUUAACUUUCUCGGUGAUCGGUAACGAGUCUUACAGACAUUACAUUAUAACUGGUCAGGCAAUCAAUGACGUGAAGUGUGCAGAACGCGAGAGUGUCUCUGGUGAUGUUGUUGUGGCACCAAGUGCUUGGGGACACCUCGCUGAGGACAACUACGAGGUUACUUAUGCCCCUGAUGGCAAUGUUAAGAUUUGGAACUGUGUUUAUUUUCCCAACCAAGCGGCUUUGAAGCAACACUACGCCAACAAAAGUCCAGUAGCGCACGCACUCUGUGUCAAACAUUUGGAACACAGAAGCCAGCUGCAUGAGAAGAGACGAAUCGACGAUGCGACAACUGAUAGUAAAAUCACGGAGAGUUUUAUUGCAAGUUUGCCACAAAGACCAAGCGUUAAGGCGGCUCCAAUGAACUGGAUUCCGAACGAUCUGAACCCGUUUAUCGUCCGGCCGGUCCAGAGCCAAGUCGAGGAAAAACAACCAAUUGAGUAUCUCACCGAAAUGCGCGAAGUCACAAUCCAGUUCAUUAAUAUCAUCCCCACCACUUUCCAAGACAGUAAACUGGUUCCAAUGGUCAACACCGCCUACCAAAUUGUGUGCAAAAUCGUGUCUAAAGUCCGAGGAGUCGUCAAUAAAGUGUCUCUUUUUGAUAAAGACUGUAUGAUUUUGGUUCUGUUUGGUCUGAGAGGCAUUGAACACGAAGUUGAAAGUCAGAACGCACUCAAGUCGGCUUUCGCCAUCCGAAAAGCCAUCAAGAAACUUACUACCGUUAAGUCAAUUUCAAUCGGAGUCACUAACGGUUUUGUCUAUUGUGGAGUCGUUGGCCACCCUUUCCGGCGAGAAUACACGGUCAUUGGAGGUGCAGUUAACAAAGCAGCGCGGAUAAUGUGUGCCUACGAAGGCAAGGUCACUUGUGACCACGAGACUUACAAGAGUUGCAAACUCUCGUCACUCUAUUUCCAAGUGCAGUCAGCGCUUAAAUUGAAAGGUAUAACAGAUGCUGGCUACAUUUUUGAAUAUAAUGAAGAUUUCGAUAAAAUGGCCUAUGAGGACAAACAAUCGAUGCCGCUAAUUGGCCGUCGUAUGGAAAUGGGAGUGGCUGAUGUUAUUUUACAACACCCGGAGUUAGCCGGUUGGACUAGUAUUUGUUUCAAGGGGGAGUCCAAAGUUGGUAAAACGAAAAUCUUGCAAGAGAUCAAUAAGAGAUAUGCGACUUCAAACCGAUAUAUUUGUUCUAUGGUCUUGAACGAGGGACUCCAAAGGCCUUACUAUACCGCUUCAACGAUUUACCACCAACUAUACGACAUUAUGUCAAAACACAAUCCUGCCGUUUUGGAGCAGUUGCCUCGCUACUUGUGGGAUUUGAACGAAAUCCUCCAAGUCAAUCGAUCAACGACUUCGAUCGACAUGCUGAGUACUCACAGUAAAGAAUUGAUCAUUGAACACUUUAUCAAAAUGUGUCAAGGAUUACGCCCGAUUUUAGUGUUUAUUGACAACAUCCAGUUUAUUGAUAGGCGAAGUCUGGACUUGAUUGAGCAAGUCCUUCAGAGAAAACUCAUCAGUCUGGUAUGUGCCGGUUGUUUCGAAGACAACACGACUUGGAACACCAUGUGGAAGUUGUCCCGAAGCAACCAGAUCAAAGUUUUCAACAUUGAGCCGUUACCAUCGAGCGAAAUUGCCCUCCUGAUGUGUAGUUUUCUCAAUGUGAAAGGCAUAUCAAAAAAACUGGUAGUACUGAUAAAUAAAACUUGCGAAGGCCGGCCUGGCUAUGUCCAAGCCUGUUUGCUCAAAAUGAUCAAUAAUGGCGAACUAGAGGUUAAGUAUGCCCUAACCAGUGAAACUGAAUACGCGUUUUUGAAAGAUGCUGACCAGAAGCAUCUAGUCCUAGUGGCUGGGUUUUCAAAGAAGUACCUCGAGCAUGGCGAGGAGACUUCGACUGCGGUCACGCUUGAUUUGUUUGAUUCGUUCUCGCCUUAUCAACAGCUGAUAAUUAAGACGGCGGCUGUCCUGGGUGAUAUUUUUACUCGUACGACUUUAAUCGUCCUUUUGAAAUAUCCAAAUGAGAGUAUGUUGGCUGCGGCUAUUAAGACUUUGUUUGAGGAAGAAAUCUUCGAUUGUGCUUCACGUUACGUGAACUCGGGUGGUUUGCAAGAGAAGAAAAACAUUUGUUUGUGCUACAUGGAAGAGGAGGAAUAUGACUUGGACCUAGAGUUGCCAAGAUACGCGUUUUGUAAAGUUUUGCACUUCAAGAGUCGCAACAUCAAGACUUUGGCCUACGAACUGUUGCCUCUCAACCAAAAGAAGGAACUCCACUUGAGAAUCACCGAUUUGUUAGAAAACCAAAACAAUUCCUGUCCCAAAUGUCUCCGCGACAAUUCAGCAUCGAUAAUCUCAGUCCGACGUUUCAAAGACUUGAUCAAGUAUUGCCACGACCAAAAGUACAUCUGGUCGGAGAAAUACAACGAGAAUUACGUUUCAGUCGAGGAUUACAAGGGAAUUAUCAGAGAAUACGUCCAUGAUCCGCCUGUUUAUGCACCCAAUUCAAAGAAACGUGUGUGGAGAAGUUCCGAUGUUCCCAAACGCCGAGUUUGGGACCCCACCACGUGUUUCUGUCUGGAAAUCUUGACUAAAGUUUACCGCGACUUGAUCCAUCACAGUCAUUGUGCCCAACAUUUGGGCAAGAAAAUAUUCUUCAUGCUAGAGUACGGCGUGAUUUUAUCGAUCAUGUCCGAGUAUGAGGAGUCUCUCCCAGUGUUACACGAAGCAAGCGAGCUUUGCAUGGUACAAACGAACAAGGCUUACGUCUUCACCGGAAACUUCAAACAAGUCAUGAUGGGAAAAAUCCAUUAUUUGAUGGGGCACAUUUACUUGAAAAUGGGCAACACAACGGCGGCCAAGAACCAUGCCUUGCUCAGUCUGCGGCAAUAUGACGUUCCUUUGAUUUCGUUCAAGUAUACGUUGCCUUACAUGUUGUUGAACAAGGCGUGGUUUCUCAGAUUCGGCCGUGUUUUUGAUAAUAUCACCAAGCAGGAUAAUCCGCUGAUAAAGCUAGACUUUGGACUGUGCAUGGGUUUGAUUGGGAACAUUUACGCCGCUGAGGGCUGCUGGCAAUUGGCCAAACAAGCCGCUGCGAAGAGCGUCCUGUGUCUAAGACGUACCAACUCAAAUAUUGACGUCUUGUGUGAUGUGUACACCAGUGCCGUUUAUUUGUACAGCUUUUGCGGCGACAUGCACAUCUGUGAGAAGCUCGAGCGUUGCUUCAACAAGGAGGUACUAAAGUACUACUCCAACAACAUAACGCACGAACUUCGCGCUAUUUCGACAGUGAUUGGAGUGUUGUUUUUGGUCAAAGUUUUGAGUGGUGCCAUCAUUGAAUCCCUCCAAUUGGGGUACCGUACGGUACACUUGCAAUUAUCGCUUGAAGCCCACUAUUCCUUGAUCGAGGUGGUACCGACACUUGCCACCGUUCUGAUUUGUCUAGAACGAGUCGCCGAGGCCGUGCACAUGGCCAGAAUUUUACUACACUUCGGCCAAAAGUACCACACUCACAGCUACAUCGGUUAUUACGCAUUUUGUGUCGAGCUGCUCCUCGAAACCAAUUUCUGCCUCGAACCCAUCGAGAAAAUCGAGCAGUUUGCGCACCAUUUGAUCGACCAAAAGAAAUACCACUCGGAUUUUGGCAACAAACUCAUUAUUAAUAUUUAUUGUUAUUGGUUGAGGUACAAGCCGGCGCUUGCACCCUCUUGGAAAAAACUAUACAAUGUGACUGAAUCCGACAAUUUCAAAAUAAUGAGUAUUUUGAAUACGAUGCGAUAUACUGAGUGUCUUCUACUCGAAAUGGUUCGAACGUUAGAACGCACGGAACCGAUCCUCCAAGCCCAGAUCGACGAAGCCAACACUUUCUUGAACAGAAUGAAGCAAGCGGCGAAGAAGUGGCCGUUCUUCAGGCCGAGAUUUUGGCAUUUGAAGGCGUAUAAUGCAAGGAUUUUUAAUAAGUUGCAAGCGACUAUUAAGUUUCUGAAGACUGCUAAUUCGUUUGCGGCCGAGGAUGGGAAUAUUUUGGAGGAGUGCUGGACUAUGUUGCAUGCAACGUCUUGGUUCGGAGGGUUUUCGUCGGAUAAAGAGCCCAAACAUCUUAAAUGGGAGUUGGCAAAGACCUACACGCCGUUGCAGUGGUGUCAGAUUUUGUACGCCCUACCGGCUGAAUAGCUUUUUUCUUGUUUAAGUGUUAACUGUUAAUAAAUACGAAUUUUGUGUUCAAA